AUGGCAAAGCAAAACUCUUCCUCAACAACCUCUUCUGAGCAAACACAAAACAUCGUCAGCGAUAUUGGCGAAUAUCUCAUGCAGGCCGCUCAAAAUUGGGCAAAAAUGACAGACGCUCUCGUCGAAAGCCGCCAGGUCCAACAGGCUGUCGAAGACGCUCACGAACAAGCCAUGAUUAUCAACCAUUUAUCCGACCUCUCUACCGUUGUCUCUAUGGAUGUGGAUUUAUCCAAACUUUGCAAAAUCCGUGACUUGACAGCGCAGUUCUCUCAAGAUGUUCACCAGGUUUGGCAAAAAGACACCAAAUACAACCAAAACUCAUCAUAA